AUGCCACGUAAGCUACGUAAGAAUAUACGUAAGAGGAAGGGAGCAUUGAAACAUCCAAUAGUAAAACUGACACCACAACAACAGUUGCAACAACAAAUGAUGAAUGACCCCACUAUGUUGCAACAAAUGUCAAGCAACCCUAUGCUUUUAAACCGAGUUAUUGGUGCACAGAGUGGAGGUUUAAGAGCGGCACUUUUAGCGAAAAUGGCAGGCUAUGGUGGAGCUGCAGACGGAACAGCUUAUAACCCUCAAAGUCAAAUGAAUUUGAGUUCACUCAAAAAUCAAAUAACAGAUGUCAAAAAGUCAAACAUAGACAUACAGAAACAAAA